AUGGCUGAAUUAGGGGUCCAUCGGCACAUCGAAGGAGGAAAUGCAGAUUUUCUUGCUGGCUGUGUCUUGUCAGGUUUCAACCUAAACCCCAGCAUUCGGAUCACCAACAAACUUUCGAUCAAGGCCGAUGCCAAUACGAUACUGAUAUCAUGGCGUCCGAGCAGGGAGGUCGGACCUUUGCUAAUGAAAGGAGUACUUCAAUCGGUUGCUGGACCAUUGAGGUUCUGUCAUAGACCCUCUCCUACCGUACAUGGACGCUGGCACACCAACACCAUCGCCGGCUUUUACCAACCGGAACAUGCGCUCGCAGCCUUGAAGCAUCUCAGUAGCAGCCCAGAAGUGGAUGCACACAUGAUGUACACUGUUUACUUCACCGCACUGAAAGAGCUCUCUGACGCUGUCUUGGUUGAUGUGGAGGAAAUCAUGUCGCAAAUCCCUGAAGCGACAGCAGUCUGGGAAGAACCUCGGAAUGGUAUGGUCACAUUACGCUUAUCCGGGACGAACCGCGAGAAGAUCAUCGACAUGAAGAGAAUACUAGAGGCAAUAUUCGCAGGAAGAGUAGCGACUGCGGGACUAGGCGGUCAUGCAACGCAAUACGAGAUCUGGCACGAGUUCUUCGCGACCGCUCCAGGAGCCGUCUGGCUUCAGCAUUUGGCGCGUGACAGGGGUGUGAUCAUAAUGAGUGAUAAGUUGCAACGGCGUCUGCGCAUCUAUGACCCUGAAAAUGAUGACGCGCAUAUGAAGAUCGUUGAGCGCGACCUCGCCGAAAAAGUCAUUAUGCUAACCACUUGGGAAGAGACAACCACCAUCCAGUUCGCCCCUAAAGACUUCAGGGACCUGCUUACUUCAGAUAUAGUUGCUCGUGCACAAAAGAAGCUGGGUGAGUCUAAAGUCGGCCUCGAUGUCCUCAAGAAAACAUUGGUUCUCCAUUGCCCUCGUCAAACCGCCUGGCUCGUUAUGUUCGAGCUAAACCUGCCACUGCCACCCUCCGACAAUGCGUCAAAACAUCAUAUAUGCCCCCAGUGUGGCGAUGUGACGAACGACAUCAAGUUCUCCAAAUGCGGUCAUUAUACUUGUCGGGAAUGCUUCGACCAUCAACUGGAAGUAGCUUCAUCAGACUUAACAAGCAAUCACUUUCCGCUAGUAUGCUGGCAUGAGAGUUGCGAACAACCGAUAGCAAUUCCGGACCUGCGCAAAUACGCUACCGGCACGAUGGUUGACGCAUUGUUGAAGGCUUCGUUGACCUACCAUGUCCGAUCCUUUCCUGAUGCAUAUCGCAACUGUCGAACGCCGGAUUGCAAGUCAGUGUAUCUGCGCAGCGGAUCCUACGAGAUUUUCACGUGUCCCACAUGUCUAACCCAGACAUGCACCCUUUGCCAUGCUGAGCCUCACGUCGGUUGGACUUGCGUGGAAUACGAAUCGCAUCUCCACAAGAACAAGCAGAAUGAGCAACUACUAGACGACUACAAAGCCGUGGCUGGUACGAAAGAAUGUCCAAAGUGUGCAACCCUCAUCGAGAAGGUUGACGGAUGCAAUCACGUUGAGUGUAGUGGUUGCCACGGACACAUGUGCUGGGUCUGCCUUAAGGUUUUCCCACUGAGUGAAGCAGCGUACCAACACAUGAACGAUGCACAUGGGGGAAACGGACUAGUGGAAGGAGAAGACGACGAAGACAGCGAGUUCGACAGUGAUGAGGAGGAAAGCGAUGACGAUGACGAAGAAUGGGAAGAUGAGAGCGAGUUCGAUAUCGACGACUUGAUCCGAGCGCACUCUUUGAUUUAA